UGAAAUUAUUCCAAGUAUUAUAAUUGUCUAACUGUUCAACUUACAAUUCGUAUUUAGAAAUGAAUUUCUUUACACUUUACAUAACUUUAGUGUACACCAUUCUCAGCGUGCAUUCAAACAUUGAACCACUUAUAGAAAAAGUAAAUUAUUACAAUCUAGGUAAAUAUAAUAAUCAAGUCACACACGAAUCUGUUAACAGAAACUCUGAUAAGAUGCCUGAAUACGACGACCAACUUCCCGAUUUUCCACAUAAGCAAUUAGAAGAAGAAGAGAGCCCACUUCACAAACUUUCUGAAAUGCUUAAUUCUGGAUCUGUCCUACCAUUGUGGUUGGUGAACCCAAUGUACUAUGUAUUUGAAGUGUUCGCAAGGACUGUAUCAUAUUACGUAAACUAAAUUCGAACGGAUGAAAAUAUGUUGAAUGAUAUCAAUAUGAUACACGUUGACCAAUUCAAAUAAAAUAUCAUUUUUGAAUUUAUCAUCAUCAUAGUUAUUUUUUUCUCCCAAAGUAAUACAUCUUGUAUUGAAUUAGUUGAGAGGUAUAAUGUUAAAACAGUUCAGUAACUAGAAAUAAGGUAGAAAAUAAUGAAAAUGUUUUAUGGCUUAUCAUAUAAAUGUAUUUCGAUGUAAAGGCUUGUAACUUGUCAUGCAUUUUUUGUUUAUUAUACAUGAGCAAACUUUGCAUUAUAUAUAAAUAUAAAGGUUUCGAAUCAC